AGUGGUGGGGAGCCGGCUGCCAUCCCAAGUGCUCCCGAGAGCCGCCUCCAAGCCCGCCCAGGACCCGCCGGCUCCCUGGCCUCUGCCCGUUUGUUGGCCGAAGCCUUCCCUGCCUGUGGCUCGGACGGGCCGGGCGCCUUUCCCCCGGGUCCCCUUCGCCUUCGCUUCCCGGCCUCUUCCGAUCGGCCGCCGCAUCCUCCUUUUCCCGGGCUCGGCUAACUCCUGGCCUCUCCCGAGAGUCGGCCGCCACUUUCGCUUUUGGCCGGCCGGGAAGUCUCCGCCGAAGGGCGGCUGGAAUCGACCCCCGCCCCCGGAAUCCUCCCGGGCUAAUUUUAGCAGAUGCGCUGCGCGGGUGCAAGAAGGGCCGGGGCGCCGCUUGACUCCACAAGCCCUUGUCCGGGGUCAGGAGGGCGCGAUGACAGACGCCGCCGCCGCCGCGAGGGCGAAGUGAAAGGUUGAGGGCCGGCUGAGGAUGACCCAGACUUGCUUCCCGGACGGCUUGGUACCCAGUGGGCCCCCAGGAAAUAAGGCCUCUCCGGCCUCCCCCCUGGCCUUAAAAGGGGCUGUGAAAACAAGCAGGAAAGAGGCCCCUUGGCUGCUUCAGAGGCCUGCCUUUGGAGAGUCCAGCGAACCUUCCUUGCUGCCCAGCCCAGCUCCAAGCAGCCUUCCCCAUCCCUCCCUGGCCCUUUGCUUCUGGAGGAAGCAGAGCCCCCUCAGCCCCGGUUCCUUUCGUUUGGAACCCCUUCCAUUCCUGCUAGGCCUCCUUGGCAGCCUGGAAAUCCUUUGGGGUGGGGGACGGGACAGUCCUUGGUUGCCACCCCUUGGGCUCCACAGGAGCAGGGCUGUUUCCUGUGGUGUUCCAGCAGCCGCCUGUCUAAGAGAAGAAUGAAAAACUGUCCCGGCUAGAUGUCCCUGCAGUUCCAGCCACCUUCAAGGAAUUCAUGACCCUGGAUAUGGAUGUCGUCCUCUCGGAUUUUGUUCGCUCAACGGGGGCAGAGCCGGGAUUGGCAAGAGACUUGCUUGAAGGGAAAAACUGGGACUUGAAUGCUGCACUGAAUGAUUUUGAGCAGCUGAGGCAGGUCCAUGCCGGGGUCCUGCCCCGUUCCUUCAAUGACAGUCGCACUUUUAAAUUUGUGGAGAAGGAGAUUGCCCGGAGUGUCCGGCCACAGCUGCAGCGCCAAGAUGAUAUAACUCAAGAGAAGCGCUUGUCCCGAGGCAUCUCCCAUGCCAGCUCCACCAUCGUCUCCUUGGCUCGCUCCCAUGUCUCCAGCAAUGGCGGCGGCGGCGAGCAUCUCUUGGAGAUGCCGAUCUGCACCUUCCAGCUCCCUGACCUGAAUGUUUAUAGUGAAGACUUCCGGAACUUCAUCGAGCGGGAUCUCAUUGAGCAGUCAAUGCUGGUGGCACUGGAACAGGCUGGUCGUCUGAACUGGUGGGCCAACAUAGAUCCCAGCUGCCAAAGGCUGCUUCCCUUGGCAACAACGGGGGAUGGAAAUUGCCUACUUCAUGCUGCAUCCCUAGGUAUGUGGGGUUUCCACGACAGGGAUCUGAUGCUCCGCAAAUGCCUUUACACCCUGAUGGACAGAGGGGUGGAGAGGGAGGCUCUGAAACGGCGCUGGAGGUGGCAGCAGACCCAGCAAAACAAAGAGUCUGGUCUAGUAUACACAGAAGAAGAAUGGCAAAAAGAGUGGAAUGAGCUGAUCAAACUGGCUUCAAGUGAACCCCGUAUGCAUUACGGCACCAACAGUGGGAACUGUGUAGGGGUGGAAGGGUCUGAGGAGCCUGUGUAUGAGAGCCUGGAAGAAUUCCACGUUUUUGUCCUUUCCCAUGUAUUGAAGAGGCCCAUUGUGGUUGUGGCAGACACCAUGUUGCGAGAUUCUGGAGGAGAAGCGUUUGCUCCCAUCCCCUUUGGGGGCAUUUAUUUGCCUCUGGAAGUUCCUGCCAGCAAGUGCCAUCGUUCGCCAUUGGUUCUGGCCUAUGACCAAGCCCAUUUCUCUGCCCUGGUGUCCAUGGAGCAAAAGGAGCCCGUCAAGGAACAAGCUGUGAUCCCUCUGACAGACUCUGAACACAAAUUGCUUCCAGUACACUUUGCAGUGGAUCCUGGGAAAGACUGGGAGUGGGGUAAAGAUGACAAUGAUAACGUCAAAUUGGCAAGUGUGACACUUUCACUGGAAGCCAAGUUGCAUUUGCUGCACAGCUACAUGAAUGUAAAGUGGAUCCCUUUGUCUUGUGAAAUGCAGGCACCUCUUGCUCAGCCGGAGUCUCCAACGGCUUCUGCAGGGGAUGAGAUCCGAUCGGCUGCAGACUCGGGGGAUUCAGAUAAGGAGUCGGUUUGCAGCAGCUCAGCAAGCAAUAGUGGCAGCAGCAAGACCAGCAGCAAGGAUAAGGAGAAAGAAAAACCAAAGAAAGAGCGGGAAAAGGACAAGGAGAAGAAACGAGCCGACUCCGUAGCCAAUAAACUUGGAAGUUUUGGCAAAACUCUGGGGAGCAAGCUAAAAAAAAAUAUGGGCGGAUUGAUGCAUAGCCGAACAGUCAAAGGUGGAAUGAGCAAUGGACAAGGGGAGACCUUGGAGAAGAAAAAGAAAGGCUCCAUGAAAAUAAGGAAGAGCAGUAAGGAGGAGGCAUCUUUUGGAGAUUUUUCAACUCUUCCAGAGAAGUCAGAUCCAGCUAAGACAUCUUCAGAAAAGCAGCCCGAUAACUGCAAAUACAGCAGUGACGUGAAGUUGAGUUUGAGCAUCCUACGAGCCACCAUGCAAGGGGAGCGCAAGUUCAUCUUUGCCGGUCAGCUGAAGACCAGUCACCGGCACCAGUACCAAGAGGAGAUGAUCCAACGGUAUCUCCUGGAUGCUGAGGAGCGCUAUUCUGCAGAGCAGAAACAAAAGGAAGCCGAGAAGAAGAUGGUAGCACUGGGCAAUGGGGGAGCUGCCAAAAAGAUGGACUUAGAAGGCAAUCCUCUCAAAGGAGAAGAGACUCUGCUGAACUCUAUGGACCACCCAGGACUGUUGCCAUACAGUCUCCAGAGUUCAGAUCUGGCCACAGUGGGUACUAAAAUAUCCAGUUUUUCCACUGGCCACUCAGGAGUCUUCACCAUUCCCCGGCCUUCUAUGAUGAGCAAUGUGGAAGGCACCUAUCCUCCUACUUACCAAGAUGGCCGAAGACAAGUUGCUGGAGGCCUCUGUGCUCCUUUCCCCUCUUACGCUACCCUGCCCAGGCAGUGUGCACAGAGCCGUUCCCACCUGUCCCAGCAGGUGGGACACCUCUGUACUACAGAGAUGGAUAUGCCACCUAGUUAUGCGGAGGUGGACUGUGAAGGCUCUUCCUGCCCAGUUUUGUCCAACAAUGGCUACCAAGAAUGCACCGAGACAGAUGGUAGCUCUCCAAAAGUUGUGCAGGGUGAUCGAAGCAAAACAUGGCUGCUGUACAAUGUACAGCAGACCAAAUGCAAACAGCCCAACUGCAGUUUUUAUGGACAUCCAGAGACUGGGAAUUUCUGUUCGUGCUGUUACAAAGAAGAGCUGAAACGCAAAGAACAGGAGAAAGAGACACUGAUACAUCGGUUCUGAAGAAACAAAAGAUGUGCGUUUCAUAUCUGGACCCAUGAGAUAUGGGGAAUGCAAUAAUUUUCUCUACCCCUGUUCCCCUCUCAUUAAGGGGAAGAGCUGGCCAGUUGGGGUUGGUAAGCUGCUUAUGGGAGUGGGGAAACUAAUGCCCCUUACUUCCUAGAAGCAUGGAAGAAAACUCCACAUUAAAGAGCAAGGGCUGCUAGAGUAGUGUGUUGGGGACAGUUCCCUAGAAGGUGGGGGUAGAAUUCAGGGAGGUUGCAUUUUUGUGCAGGACUGUAGUUGUUGAAUCAAGCAAAUCCUCUAGACCAAAGUUUUGAAUUCCAAGAUUAGAGAAAAACAAUUUUUUGAUCAUUCUCCAACAUAUUUUUUUAUUUCAAAGGGAUUAAAAUUAGUAUCACUCAGAUUUUUCUCAAUGGCUGAAACUUGGAGGCUCUUUAACAGUUUCAUGUCUUUUUUAUGACUAUUUUUAUGUCUCUGGGGUGUUCUGACACUGCACAGGGGCUGUGUUGGAAAGGAAGUAUUUUGAAGAGUGACUCCAGUUCAGUGACCUCCCUCUUCUUCUGAUGCUGCCUCCUUCCAAACCCACCCAUCUUUUCCCACAAUUGUCUGGUCUUCUGAGCAUGCCUCUUCUAGCUAGUGUUAGCUUCAGUUAAUUAGAGAUGGGCUUCAGAGAUUUUUUUUUAAGUAUAUAUUUUAAAAUUCUCGUCAGGAGCUGAAUGUGCUAGGUGGGAAGGAAUCAAGUCACGGUGUUGUUUGUACUGAGUAGAGAAAGUUUUAAUUGAAAAAAUGAAGCUGUUCUUGAUGGAAUCAAACUACUUGAGAAUUUUGGAGACCAGGAGGGAAAUCAGUGGGGCUUUAAUAAGACCAAUAAACCACUGCAGGCAGCUUUGAACAUGGAGAGAUGAAAGGUGGUAAUGAGGCAUCACAGCAAGAAUCCUUAGCUAUCUGAUUUUGCUCCAGAUACUUUUAAAAGCAUCAGAAGAUACACCUAUGUAAUAUUUUCUUGUCUGCAGAGAACAACCUUCUUUCUGUGCAAGCUAUUUUUUCCCAGACUACCUCUGUUCUGUAUAGAAAAAAAAUCUGACUGGGGGAACACAAGACAGAAAUUAUUCUUUGUUCCUUGUGGGUUUUCUAAUGCAGUACAUUAACUUCCCAUCACCUCCAGCCUUCAGAAAUAUUGGUAUAUUUUAAAAGCACCUGAUUAUUCCCACUUUAGGUGUUGCAGCAUUUGUUGCAAAUAUUUUUCCAACAAAUAAAGAAAACGCCUUUGAUGG